UGCUGCCAUUGGUAUUGGCAGUCGUAGAGCAGCCGACUGCGGGAUUUUAUCAAGUCUAUACCAUUCCUUUGUGGCGCUUAUUUAUGUUUCGGGAUAGAAACGGACCAUUUUAGUGGACCAUAUAACAUCAACAUGGAGAAGAGGAGUUGAAGGAGAGAUGUUGUGGAAUUUCCUUCGCCUGGCGUGGCUUUUUGGCGCCAUUUCCCCCUCUUUUUCCAGUCCAUAUGGGAACAUUGGUUGCCAUUUUAGUGAAGUAUGUACAGAAUCAGAAGACUGUACAGAAGAUAAUUUAUUUGGAUCAUGUGUAAAUUCUGGCUCUGUGUCCCUCCCCUUUUACGAUGUAAGCCGAGAUGGCUUCCGUGACCUCAAGAUUGUUAUCCGAUUUCUCUUGGAUCGAGGAUACCAAUGGAGAGAUGAAGCGGCACAGAAAACCCUGGAGACCAUCUUGGGCCAGUACCGCAUGGAGUAUGUGGAUGCCGAGAUGGAGCUAGAGGCCAACUACCAGAGGGAACAACAGCUGGAGGCCCUGGAGCAGAUGGCCGCUCAGUAUGGGAGCCUCUUCUUCAACAGGAAGACCAACGACAGGCUUGAGGAAGAAGAAGAAAUGUCACGAAAUUACGGUCCUGCGUACUACACCGAGGAGGAGAAGAGAAGAUACAUCCCCGAAAACAAGGUAGCUAGGGGGACCAGCAGGGAUGAGUUGGAGGAUUUAAUACAGGAGUACGUGCAAGCCAUCAAAGAUUCGACCCCCAGGGAGAAGGAGGAAGAAGUGAAUUGGAUGUAUCACGAGUAUUACCAGAAAUACCUGGAUCUCCUGGAGCAGUAUAGAGCUAUGGAAAGGGCAGCAGAGAAUGAGUUGGCAGAAGGAGAGGAAUACGGGGAGGAGAGCACUGAUUACUAUGCAGAGGUUCAGGACAAACUUGACUACUUAAAACAGUACUUAGAGGAGAUAUACCAAGGGGAGGUGGAGGAGGAGGAAGAAGAGGAGGAAGAGGAGGCACGAAUGGAAGGAAGCGAUGAAGGGAUGAUGGAGGGAGGGAUGAGCCAAAGUUCGAGUAGCUGGUGGGAUGCUAGCAGUAGUAGCAUCAGCGAAGGAGGAGUGGAAGAGAUCUUGGCAGAAGCAGGAAUUGACCGCCUGGCCGUCCAGCUCAUCAACAACGAGCUCAUCCCCCAGAUGACCCCUCAGGAGCAGGACCAGUGGAAGCGCCUCAACGAGGAGGAGAAGGAGGGCAUCAUCCAGGAAGCUCUCCAGGCUAUCGACUGGGUCGCCAUGGAGAUGGAGGCGGAGGAUGAGAAGGGAGGAGGAGGGGUCCAGAGGGAGAUGGUUGCCGAGGCGAUGAAGGGGGAAGAAGAGGAGGAGGAGGCCGAAGUGGAGGAGGCGGAGGUGGAGGAGGAGGAAGCGAUUGAAGCGGCGAUGAAGGACGGAGAGUGGCUUAAUGAAGGAGCUGAAUCUCCUCUCUUUGAGCCAGAGGAGGAGAAUGAAGGGGACAAAGAACUCCAGCUCGAUGUCCUCCUGCCUUUGGAGAAGAAGGGUGACGAUGAUGAUGAUGUCGAUGGAGAUGCCAGAGACGAAGAACUUGUAGAUGUUGGUGACAAGGAUAUGCACGAAGGAGAGAACGAAGAGGAAGAGGAAGAUGAGAAAGAGGAGAACAAGGAGCCUGAGUACUCAGGGUUCAUUUUCAUCACAUUCAAAGAAGACAUAACUGAGGAGGAUGCCGAUGAAAUUGUAGCAUUACUGGUCAGUCUGCUGGAACUGCCUCCUUCUAUCUUCUCUGAUAUUAAAGUGAAGGACAAAGAGAUCACCGUCCAUGUUAAUGAUUCUUCACGUCACUUCACGCCCAAAGCCAUCGCAAUUAAAAUAGCCGGUAUUCAGAGAAAGCUUGCAGCAAUGAUGGGAGUACAUAUGGUCGUGACUGGAGUGGGACAUGAUGUGAGUACAGAGUUAAACUUGUUUGUCUGUCUGUAUGUUUGUCUGUCUGUUUAGUUGUAUGUUUGUUUG